AUAGAGGAGAAGAGUGACAUAGAGGAGGAGAGUGACAUAGAGGAGGAGAAGAGUGACAUAGAGGAGGAGAGUGACAUAGAGGAGAAGAAGAGUGACAUAGAGGAGGAGAGUGACAUAGAGGAGAGUGACAUAGAGAAGAAGAGUGACAUAGAGGAGGAGAGUGACAUAGAGGAGAAGAAGAGUGACAUAGAGGAGAAGAAGAGUGACAUAGGAGGAGAGUGACAUAGAGGAGAGUGACAUAGAGAAGAAGAGUGACAUAGAGGAGGAGAGUGACAUAGAGGAGAAGAAGAGUGACAUAGAGGAGAGUGACAUAGAGAAGAAGAAGAGUGACAUAGAGGAGAGUGACAUAGAGGAGGUGUGAUGGAUGAGCGGAUGGACCCCGUGAGGAGCUUUGCUGUCAGCAGCUUUGGGUUGGAGGAGGAGCGAUGGAGGGAGUUUGUUCUGGAGGAGGACAACCAGGUCGUCUUCAACAGCUUCUUCCACUCUCCGGACUACACCAACCUCUUCAUCAGUCAGAACGCAGAGCACGGACUCUCCGUGGGCCUGGACUUCCCUCAACACGUCCAGACUAAAGUCAUCUGCGUCUCCAGAACGUCCCGCGAGGCCGUCACCAAAGACAACGUGAAGAAGACGUCAAUCAUCCAAGAGGUUCAUGGAGCAGACGCCAAGAGCUUCAUCAUCGCUGUCUCUGAGGAGGUGACCUGCCCGUUGCUUAGCAACCCAGAGACGAGCAGAAGCUGGGCGGUGGGCCUGGCCGAGGAGGCUCUGAGGUUCAUGGAGCGGCAGAGGAACGAGGCGCUGGUGAUGAAGGCUCAGAUAGAGGGACGCACCUUUCUGGCUCAUCCCGACGCUCUCCAUGACGACCAUCUCCAUGGCAACGCAGUCCAUGACAACACCGAAGGGCGGAAGUUGUCAGACAUGAAGCUGCUCCACGCCUGUGAAUCGACGAUCAUGGAGUGGGCGGAGCUUGUGUCAGAGUUCCUGCAGCAGGAUUCGUCUCAGCCGGUUCUGGACGGUCUGGAUCCGCUGCCCUCUGAGGAGUUUAACUUCUGGGGGAUCAGACUGAAGAACCUGCACUUCAUCCAGCAGCAGCUGAGGAGCGACCGAGCUCAGCGGGUGGCGUCCAUCGUUCAGAGGGCGGAGAGCGUCUACUGGUCCACGCUGACACACAUCUACACAGACGUCCAGGAAGGUCUGGAGGAGGCCCAGGACGUGACCCUGAACCUUAACCCUGUGCAGGAGAAGCUGGAGGAGCUGGAGCGGAUGGAGUACCAGCAGCUGGGGGACAACAUGGCUGCUGUGAUGGAGGAGGUGCGACUGGUGUGGACCAGGUCUGAGUUCUACUGUAGACCCUGCAGGGUGGUGGUCCUGCUGCAGGAGAUCUGCACCCUGUUCAUACAGAUGAGCCGGAGGUUCCUGCGUGGGGGGGACGUGAUGGGGGGUCUGGUGUCAGACCCGGGUCCAGGACUGGAUGAUGUCAGACUGGUGAUCUGGACCCUGCAGACCCUCAAAGAGGCCUACAGUCAGAGCAGGGCCCAGCUGGAGCAGCAGAAGCAGGACGGAGACACUCAGAGCUGGGACUUCCCUUCACACCUGGUCUUUUUCCACCUGGACAACUUCCUGUUACACCUGCAGAGCAUCCAGGAGGUGCUCUGUGUCAGCCUGCAGCUGCACCAGUUGGACUCGGCGGUCUUGUCGGGUGUAGGAGGCCAUGUGUGGACUGAUGUGGUCCAGGAGAUGUAUCAGGACUUCCUGAGUCAUGUGACGGUUCUGUCUGACUGCACCUGUGACCCCACCGACCCCGACGACCAGAACAUCCAGCUGCACCUGGAUCAGUUUUGGGUUCAGGUGUCGGACCUGGAGAGCCGGCUGGUGUCGGUCCUCAGCAAAGCCUUUGAGGACGGCUGCGCUUCCUCCUCUGGAGAAAAGCUGGUGAAGAUGUUCGGGUUCAUCCUGGACCGUCCUCUGAUCCGGGAUCGGCUGCGUCCUCACCUGAUCCGGCUGGAGGAGCUGGUCCUGGAGGAGCUGGAUCGGACCAAGCUGCUGUUCUACAGUCAGAGAGAUGAAUCAAACACAUUCAGCAGGUUCACUCCGUCUGCUGCAGCCGGACUCUGCUGGACCCAACAACUCAGACUGAGAGCUGAGACCUCUAUGAACCACUACAGAACUGUUCAACUGUACAUGGACUCGGGUGCUUCCGAGCUGGUCCUGCAGAGGUUCCAGCAGAUUGUGGACCUCUUGCAGGACUUCAGAGACCAGGUGAGGACAGGUUGGUGUUCUCAGCUGGACUCUGACUGUGGAUUCAUCUUGGAGCAACCUCUGAUACAGAUCAACCAGCAAGGCAUGCUGGGAGUUAACUGCAGCCGCAAGCUGCAGGUGGCGCUGAGGGAGCUCAGGCAUGUGAGCAUGGAGACAGAUGUGGAGCUCCGCCCCCACGCUGCUCGACUCUUCACCUGCAGAGAUGACAUCACAGAGAGCUACCUGAGCCUGAGUCACAUGGUGUCCUGUUACGAGCAGGUGCUGAGUGACGUCCUGCCGGUGGAGCUUCCUCUAAUCAAGGAUCAACUGCAGGACCUGAACCAGAAUCUAUCAGAACUGCAGAGAUACACCUGGAGCAGUGAAGGUGUGCAGCAGCUGGUGGAGCAGAUGAGAGAGAAAGUGUUGCUCUUCCACUCCACAGUGAGCCAGGCCAGAGCCAACAUGGCCGCCAUGACACACAUCAUACAGGGCUGGGCGGAGCUUCAGCUGCUGCAGCGCUCAGGUAACUCACUGCUCGAGGGCGGGGAUACCGAGGAGAGCUAUAGACGCCUCAGAGAGGAGGGACAGGAGCUGCUCAGGUUAACACAGGUGAACAGGAGUCUGUACGCCGCUGAAGACUCCUCUGAGUCCUGGAUCAGGUAUCUGGACCACAUCGAUGACAAAGUCCAGGACGGACUGUUCCAGCUGGUGUUCAGAUCCCUGCACUUCCUGUUUGACAACAUGAACCCACAGAGCUGCAGUGUGUUUCUGGCUGUCUGUCUGCAGCUGCAGGAAACAGGAAGUGUGUUUGAGCCGUCAGUGGGCGGCGGCCUCUCUGACCUCCUGCAGACGAUCAUCUCUGACGUUUACACUGCAGCCAGUCUGCCACAAAGGAUCUCUGUGAGUCGCCACGGCAACUACCAGGAGUCCCUGCAGCAGAGUCCGGAUCUCUCUGCAUUGGAACAGGAAGUGAUGCAUCGCCUGCUGCAGGUGAGGGAGGAGGCGGAGCGUCUGGCAGCGGGGCUGGAAAGAUACUCGUACCUGUGGCAGAGCGACAGGAGUGGGGUGAUGCAGGAGUUCCUCACCUACAGCAGACAGCUGGCACCUGAGGAGCUGGAGGCAGAGGAGACCCCGCCCACCCUGAAGGACUUCCAGAGAGAGCUCGAGUCACUCCACAACUUAAGUAGAGAGGUGACUCACCUGGAUGACGUCAUCGUUCUGCACAGCUGGCUGCAGGUGGACCUCCGACCCUUCAAAGACGCCCUGCUGUUGGUCGUUCGCGACUGGAGACACCUGUACACGGAGUACCUGCUGGACUCGGUCAGUGACAGUCUGCAGCAGGUCACUCACCAUGCUGGUGAUGAUGAAGAGUCUCCAUCUUCAUCCAGCUUCCCUCUGGCAGAAAGCAUCAUCCUGCUGGAAGCUGCAGGAGUUGAGCUGCCUGAACACCUGUCGGCUCAGCUACAGUGUUGAUCACCUGAAGAGGAAACGGCUGACUCAGAAGACACCUGGACACUGCUUCAGAUGUGAUGAUUAAAAGUUGAUGCUUUGAUGCGGAUUAUGAGUUUUUAGUGAACAUGAACCAACGUGUUGGCUUCACACGUCUCAGUCUGAAUCCAGAUGUUCAACCUCUGUGUCUUCUGUCAUCCUCCUUGGUUGUCUCCGUGUCUCUGAGCCCACGUGGAGACAUUUGUUACCUGAUUGAGUGGAGCAGAGCGGAGCUGCUGAUUGGUUCACAUCUCAGAUGAUUCUCCUCCAUGUCUCAGAUCUGUCAGAUCUCUCUGGGUUUUAAGUCCCGACACUAUGAGUUGUGGGUAAUUUCCUCAGGCACAAAUUCAGACUUACAUAAAGAGGGCAUUAAGGGCUACUUGACCGAGGGACCUCCCACCACCCUCAGAGACUGGGUGGGGUGUGAACAUCUUUAAAGAGUAAACAGA